UAGUCAUAUCACUGCCAGAUUUGAAUGCUGCUCUGACCAUUCUAUUUCUUCUCUCCUUAUUCCCCUUUGCCUCCUCCAACUUUUUUACUAAAUUCCCUUAACUCUUAAGCUAAGAGAGAGAAGAAGAAGAAGAGUAAUCGAGAUUCGAGAGAGAUUCAAAAAUAUUUUUUUUGCUAUUUUGUUGAUAAUAUAUGUUAAUUUUAUAUUCACGAUAUGCAAUGAAACGAGAUGUUGUAAUCAUUGUAAUCUUUACACUGUUAGUUUUGAUCAUUAUCUCCCGUUCAAGUUCGAUCCAAGCUGGAAGAUUCAUGACUACAAGAAGAAAGCAAAAUUCGAGCGUUGCUCGAUCACUAUACUACAAGAAUCAUCACAAGGUUAUGAUCACGGAGAUGUCCAGUUUUAAUAAAGUCAGACGAAGAUCGUCUAAAGUUCGGAGAAAGAUCGACGGCGACGAGGAAGAAGAAGAGAAGCGAUCUAUCCCCACAGGUCCAAAUCCUUUGCACAACAAGUAGAGUAGCCAUAGAGAUGCAACAUACUCGACUUCGUAAAUUUGUUCGUUUGGUGUAUAAAUGUAUAAUUACGAGUUAGUUUGAUCGUAAAGAUUAAUAGUCUUUUUAGGUUGGGUUGGAAAAUCUAAUAUAUGAGAUAAAUUUCGAUUGUUUUCUACCAUUUAAAAUUUGUAUGCUCAAAGUUGCUUGACCGAUAUGGCAAACAGAAAUCAUGGAGUUGAAAAAAAAAUAUCGAUAUAGAAUAAACUGAGGAAAAGUGUUUUUGUAAAUUUUCUAUUGUCAUUGUAAUUUUUUAAAAAUAAAUGCAGUACUAUUCUUUUUUUA